CUCACAGUGAGACUGAGUGAUGGCUCUUCUGGGCGGCUCAUACGCGAGAUUCUCUGCAGUGGCUCUGUGUCUCGCAAGUCUCGCAGGCCUCGCGAGGACCCAGGCACCCCAUGACGGAGAGCAGGGCUGUUUGGACGACUCCUCACAUCCUCAGUACGACGACCACGUCCGUCCUCUCCUCGACACACGAGACUACAGCAAACUACUGCCGUACGAGUCUGACGGCGCGGGAGGUGUGUGGCAGACGUUGGAUAGCGAUGGAGAUGGAGUCAAAUGGGGAACCAACAGUCCUGUAUAUUGCAAUGAAGAUGUUCAUGUGUGUGGAAGAUCAAGUGGUCAUCAGGAUAAC